AUGCGUGUGAUUGCGAGGCCCUCCGUUUCACAUGUUCUCUCUGUGGGGAAUUUUAUCAAACACGUUCCAUGCGCCAAAUCGCACCCAUUUCUUUCGAGGAGAUUUCACUCCAACACGCACACAAUUGUCGCCGAGAGCACGAUAACCUCAUGUUUCAAAAGUCUCACUUCCAGUCAACAAAACCAAAUCCAUCUCUACGUCGAUACCCUUCUCCAAUGGAACCAGAAAAUGAACCUCACAGCAACUAAAGAAGCUGGAGAAGUAAUGGAGAGGCAUAUCGAAGAUUCUCUUGCGAUAUUGCCUCCUAUAAAGACUUGUUACAACAACUUGCAUUCCAAUGUUUUGUUUGAUCGAAUCAAUUUGAUUGAUGUUGGAAGUGGGGCAGGCCUUCCUGGAUUGGUUCUAGCCAUUGCAUGCCCAGAUUGGAGAGUCACUCUACUUGAGUCCAUAAAUAAGCGUUGUGUUUUCUUGGAGCAUGUCGUUAAUGUCACUGGGCUUACGAAUGUUGAAAUCGUAAGGGGCAGAGCAGAGAGUUGUGGGCAUGAUGUUAUGUACAGAGAGAAGUUUGAUGUGGCUAUUGCAAGAGCUGUCGCGGAGAUGAGAGUCUUAGCUGAGUAUUGUCUUCCUCUGGUUCGGAUUGGUGGAUUGUUUGUAGCUCCUAAGGGUCAUGACCCUAAGGAGGAAGUUCAAAAUGCAGAAAAUGCAGUUCGAAUAUUGGGUGGUUCCAUAUUACAAAUUAGUCCAGUUGAUUCACAUAGCCCAUAUGGACAACGAACAACGGUUGUUUGUCGUAAAGACCAUUCCACUCCACAAAAGUAUCCUCGUGAAGCAGGUACUCCAUCUAAAUUACCAUUGUAA